GAAAAACCAGGAUCGGGGGAUCGCGUUCCUUGAGCAGCCCUGGUCCUGCUGAGCGCUGAGAUCCUGGAACUGCUCUGCGACAGCCAACAUGAGUGAGCGACAAGGUUCUGGGGCAACCAGUGGAAAAGACAAGACAUCUGGUGAAAAUGAUGGGCAGAAGAAAGUUCAAGAAGAGUUUGACAUCGACAUGGAUGCACCAGAGACAGAACGCGCGGCAGUGGCUAUUCAGUCUCAGUUCAGAAAAUUCCAGAAGAAGAAGGCGGGGUCCCAGUCCUAGUGGGAGACCCCCUUCAUAGUGCACCAGGAGACACUGAAUACAGCCAUCACCUGUCAAGGAAUUAAAACAACAACACCCUAGAGAGAAACUAUCCAUCCACAUCUGACACACACAAAGCAAACUUAAAAUGCAUGUACAGAAACCCCUGAUACUUAUACCCUUGUAGGAAGGUGUAAAACAAUGAGAUUGUGAGUGGUUUCAUCUCUGUGUCGAUCUCCAGUAUCAUUCCUCCUGCAACUAUCUUGCCUGAUGUUGUAAUAAAAUAGAGUUAAGAAGAGUAAUUAAAGUGUCUGCCUUUCUCUCUCUAUUAAUCUAGGAAGUUACUUCGUACUGCAGGUGAGUGCAAACCAGCUGCCUAUUUCCUUCUCUUAAACGUUGGAAGCCCUGGUGGCACAGUGGUUAAGAGCUCGGCAACUAACCAAAAGGUCGACAGUUCGAAACCACCAGCUGCUCCUU